AUGGAUUUUGAGGCCCUGAAGGAUCAAUGGAGCGAUGUGGAGGAGCGCGAUGGUAUCCGGCUGAGUUGGAACACUUUCCCGAGCUCUCGCAUGGAAGCCUCCCGCCUAGUCGUUCCCAUUGCUGCUGUUUACACGCCUCUUAAGGAGAAGCCCGAUUCACCAUUGCUUCAAUAUGAGCCUGUUACUUGCAAGCAACCCUGUCGGGCUGUUCUCAACCCAUAUGCUACUGUCGAUAUUCGCGCGCGUAUCUGGAUCUGUCCUUUCUGUCUGAUGCGCAAUCCUUUGCCUCCUCAUUAUAAGGAUAUCACCGAAAACACGAUACCCCCCCGAGCUCCACCCCCAGAGCACCACGAUCGAGAGGAUGACAGUCUGCAGGCAGUCAAGGAUUCGCUUAUCAUGAGCUUGUCUCUACUGCCUCCCAAUGCGCUGGUCGGUCUGAUCACAUACGGAACUAUGGCCCAAGUGCAUGAAAUCGGCUACACCGAGUGCGCUAAGUCUUAUGUGUUCCGCGGUAACAAGGACUACACUGCCAAGCAAGUCCAGGAGAUGCUGGGUCUCGCCCACGGUGUUCGCCCCGGUGUCCCACAACAACAACAACCAGCUCGCGCCCCUCUCCCUCCCGCGGCGCGAUUCCUCCUCCCCGUUCAGCAGGCCGAGUUCCAGAUCACAAAUAUCCUUGAGCAGUUGCAACAUGACCCCUGGCCCGUAGCCAACGAUAAGCGUCCUUUGCGUUGUACUGGUGUGGCUCUGAGUGUUGCGGUUGGCUUGUUAGAAAGCUCCUUCCAGAAUGCCGGCGCUCGUAUCAUGAACUUCGUCAGUGGUGCUGCUACUGAAGGUCCUGGUCAUGUUGUUUCGCCUGAGUUAAAGGAACCUAUCCGUUCACACCACGACAUUGACCGUGAUAACAUUAAAUAUUACAAGAAGGCCGUCAAGUUCUAUGACAACCUCGCCAAGCGCGCUGCCAACAACGGGCAUAUUGUUGAUAUUUUCGCGGGAUGUCUUGACCAAGUUGGUCUUUUGGAAAUGAAGAACCUCUCCAACUACACAGGUGGUCACAUGCUUUUGACGGAUAGCUUUACCUCAUCUCAGUUCAAGCAGUCAUUUAUUCGAGUCUUUGACAAGGAUGCCAAUGAUAACCUUCUGAUGGGCUUUAACGCCUCAUUGGAGGUCCUCACAACCAAGGAGCUGAAGGUAACCGGUCUUAUUGGUCACGCAAUCUCUCUCAACAAAAAGUCGAGUUCCGUUGGUGAGACCGAGUGUGGUAUUGGAAACACCUGCGCCUGGAAGAUGUGCAGCAUUGAUCCAUCAUCAAGCUAUGGUAUCUACUUUGAGAUUGCCAACCAGGGCGGUCCAGCUGCUCAGCAGCCUGGUCCUCAAAGAGGUAUGAUGCAGUUCUUGACAUACUACCAGCACUCAUCUGGGCAUUACCACCUCCGCGUGACCACUACUGCCCGACCACUGAGCGGCCCCGCUGGUGAUCCGACAUUGGCACAGUCCUUUGACCAAGAGGCUGCGGCGGUGCUCAUGGCCCGAAUUGCCGUUUUCAAGGCGGAGGUCGACGAUGGCCCAGACGUUCUCCGAUGGGUUGAUCGCAUGUUGAUCAGGCUUUGCUCUCGUUUUGCCGACUACCGAAAGGAUGACCCAACAUCAUUCCGACUGGAGAAGAACUUUACUCUCUACCCUCAGUUUAUGUUCCACUUGCGUCGAAGCCAAUUCUUGCAGGUGUUCAACAACUCUCCCGAUGAGACUGCAUUUUACCGCCACGUCUUGAACCACGAGGAUGCUGGUGACUCCCUCGUCAUGAUUCAACCUACUUUGGACUCCUACUCCCUGGAGGUGGAAGGCAGCCAGCCUGUGUUGCUGGACUCUGCAUCCAUUCAACCCCAACACAUCCUGCUCCUCGACACUUUCUUCCACAUUCUUAUCUUCCACGGAGAGACAAUUGCCGAGUGGCGGAAAGCUGGCUACCAUGAGCAAGAGGGUUAUGAGAACCUUAAGGCUCUUCUGGAACAGCCCAAGGAAGACGCUAGAGAACUCAUUUCCGACCGAUUCCCUCUGCCCCGUUUCAUUGUUUGUGAUGCCGGCGGUUCACAAGCCCGUUUCCUUCUGUCGAAGCUGAACCCAUCAACCACCCAUACCUCUGGAGGUUAUGGUGGUGGAGUAUCGUCGCAAACUAUCUUCACCGACGACGUCUCUUUGCAGACGUUCAUGGAUCACCUGAUGAAGCUUGCGGUAUCUGGUACCAGCUAG